AUGUGGUAUCGGGGAGUGAAUCGCUAUAAAUUGCGACGAGAAUCUGCUCGACAGGUGGUGUUGGCUUUGUUGAGUGGAUGGAGCAAGGCGCAACAAAGGGACUUCCUGGAUGUCCCCAGGAGUUUCCCCCGUCCCUUGGAAGCCAGGAGAUCCUUCGAGAAUGACCAAUUCAUCACCCCUCAACUGCUGAGACAGAACCGUCCCGACCAGAAUGCCAGACCUCUCUUCAGCUUCGAACAGCAGUCCUUCGAUCCGCUCGCGUUCCAGCCCCUGCCCAACCUUGGACUGGGACCGGGACCGGAAUCCCGUCCGAUCAGGAUCAGACCUCCGGAGCAGUCCAAAGCACUCCCCGAUCGGUUCACCUUGGACGAUGCCCUUUCGUUCCGUCAGAGACCUGCGCUUCGACCGGAUCUACCCCCAUCACCGGAGAGAUUCGAUCGGCCCCCGGUCGCCGACACGAGGAACGGAGCUCCCACAUUUCGACCCCCGAUCAUAGACACACGGACCCCAGCCCCCAUCUUUCGACCCCAGGCCUUCGACACCCGACCCGCUGUCCCUGCGCCCCGGCCUACGAUCGUAGACACGCGAACAUCGGCUCCGCUGGUCAGACCCGUGAUCGCGAACCCUGCAGUAUUUGAGAACACGAACGUGAUUCCGACACAGGAAACGGGAAGACGUCGACCUCGUCCUCGUCCUCGUCCCCAACCGAGACCAGUCGAAGAUACGGAAACGCAAUUCCAGGAGCCGACUCCAUCCGGCCAAGACCGACGUACGGACCCUCUGAAGCAGGCGAUCCGGAGUCGACCCCGAAACCCACCCAAUCGGGACCGACUCGAAGACGAAGAGACGGAGAGUAAGAACAACGUCCGGAUUCUCAAGUCCUUCAUGGACAAAAACCCAGACGGAACGUUCACGUUCGGUUACGAGAACGAAGACGGGAGUUACAAGGAGGAAACCCGCGGGAAGGAUUGCAUCGUUCGCGGGAAAUACGGUUAUGUGGACCCGACCGGCGUGAAGCGGGAAUUCACUUACGUCCAAGGUCUCCCCUGCGAUCACAAUAAAAAGAAAGAAAAGGGUCAGUCAUCUGACCUCGAUGAAGAUCAAUUUACGGCCGACGGCGUCGUCGCUUCCCCUGCCGUUGGAAGUCCGAGGAGAAAUUCCCCUCGGCGACCGUGAAUUUCUAGUGAUUUUUCUUUCCAUUAUGUUUGAUCCAUUUGAUGGGGUUUUUAUAGUUCGUGUGCAUGAUCGUGAAUGGGAAGA